AUGGCAGCAGGGCUGAGCUCGGAGGAAUUUGACCGCCUGCAGCAGGAGCUCUUGUUCCUGAAGAUUAAGACCGAGGAGCUUCGAGAGGAGAACGCAAGAGCGCUUCGACACUUCCAAGCACAAUCUGCGCAGACUGGCGUAGAUGCUCUCCGAAAGGCCGGAGCAGGCGCCGUUUCUGCUAUAGGCCAGCGCGCGGCAUCGUUGAAGUCCAGCUUGUCAGAUGGAGCAUCUUUCCAGGCUUUCCAGGCAGCCAAAGACAGCAUUCUUCAUCCUGAGGCUGAUGCUGCAACCACGGAGGCCCGUGAGGAGGUACAUUCAUUGCAGGAACGUUUGAAGGCUGCAAUGGAGGAGUUGGCCUCUGCAAGGAACGACGCCAUGACGGCACAAAGAGCCGCCACCGCCUGCGCGGAGGACCCUGAAGACAGCGGUUCCAAACCCCAACGCGGUGCGAGGCAAGCAGAGGAUGGCAUGACAGUGCUGUUGUUCAAAGUACAGCAGCAGCAGAAGGAGCUAGAGCGGGUUCGCGAAGCAGUGGACCAGCAACAGGCGCAGAUUGGCCGUCUGACAGAGAAGGCAGCCGCGGACAAGAGGCCAAAGGGUUCGCCAAGGUUGUCCGACUUGGAGGAGCAGCUCCGCGCCUCGGAGGGCAAGCUUGACGACUUGGGUCGCCGGCUGCAGUCCUCGCAGGGAAGCUCCCGUUUGACUUACGAGCUUCAAUGCCACUUGGAGUCUGUGCUCAGUCAAGUCAGGAAGCGCGAUGCUGCCAUCGAGUCGCUCCUCGUGAGGCAGGAAAGAAUGGAGAACCGGAGUGUACUGCAACGCGAGCGGUUGGCGUUUGCCCAGGAGGACAUCAUGUCCAAGGUGAUGGAGUAUCACCUCGAAGAGCUUCCGCAAGUGCUUGAUGCUACAAGCCCUAAUUUUUCCCCAGAUCUUCGACAAGAUGUCUCCGAAGAGCAGCUUGACGAAGAUGCCGGCAACUGUGCCAGCAGCCAUUUUCAGCAGGACGCAGGUGUGCAAGUGUCCAACGAAGACACGGCAGACUUGCAGUGGGAGGUCUCGGGGCUCGCUGCAAGCCCAAGUUGGUCCUCGCGAGCCGAAGGCGACGGGGGCUUGGUCGCUCUGAAAGAGGAGCUGCAGGAGCUACGGGCUGCGGCGGAGGAGGCGCAGCGCCGCAAGGCCGAACAGGCAGAAUCACUGCGUGCUCAAAUACGGCAGCGGCAGCAACAAAUGGCACUGAAAGAAACUGCACACACUGAGGCCACGGCAGCAACCCAAGCAACGGCAAUCGAGGCCGUUGAAUCCUCUGGAUGGCUGUACGUGCAAAAGAUUGAGGAGCUGGAGCAGCAGAAUGAUGGCCUGGAGCAAGACCUCGACCUGCUCGCAUCUAGCAAGCAGUGCCUUCUCGACGACAGCAAAGAGAAAGAGGAGCUAAUCUCUUUCCUGAUGCGCACCGUGCGCUCUGAUGGGAGCGAGUUGGAGAACCCUGGAAGCCUGAAAAAGCCAGGAGCUGGUGCCAAGUUCUUUGGACUUCUGCGGGGCGCGGGAAGGAGUCAGCGAACACAGCUUGAGGAGCUGCAAAAAGUGGCCGAAGAAGCGAUGAUGGAUAACCUCCGGCUGCGAAAGGAUCUGCGGAUAUUGGCGGAGGAGUUCCGGAAGUACAUGCAAGCAGAUCACUGUCCAACGAAUGUUUCGGCCUCCUCCUCCGAGAGCUUGGGGAGAGAGCUCGAGCGUCAAAAGACAGACGAUCUGCACACACGGCAGCUUCGGAACAAUGAACGUUAUCCCUGCCUAUGUGUGACUUCCCACUCCGAUGUAGAUCAGCUUGGCACACAGGCUCAGCCGCCCUGCAAGAAGAUGGAGACUUCGCUUAGGUCCACAAUCACAGCCGGCUCGGAGGUGAGGCUCAUAAGCAGCCUCUCCAAGGCCAUGCGCCUUUGUUUGGGCCAGGGUGGCUGGGUGCCCCAAAUGGAAGCCACGCUGGGCAAGGUUGGCGUCGUGGUGGAGGUGCUUCCUUCGGGAAAUCUGCGCAUCCAGUGUGGCGGCUCCCUGCGACCAUACAUCUAUCCACCGGCACUGAUUGCUGAGCAUCUCAAUGCACAAACCGGCCCACCACUCUUUGUGCUGGAUCUUCACCCACACAGCCUGGUGCGGCUAGAUCAUGGUGGCCACUGUGCCGUGUGCAAACGCCCCUUUGAAGGGAUCACAGAGGCCGAGAAAGAAAGCAACGCGACAGCGGACGAGGCUGCCGAAGAUGCAGCACCCCAGGAUCAUGCAGCCAUGGCAGCCUUCCUUUCAGGGCCAGCAGCCAGAGGCGAUAAAAUUUGCGGCUUUGGCUGUGAAGCUGCUGAAUUCUUCAUGUGUGAGCUGUGCUGUCGGCCGUACCAGUUGGAACCACUGCGGCAGCACCAGGACCUGGAUGCAAGUGGCCAGGCUCUGGCAGUGGCCGAAGCGUCUUUGCGCCUGGGGGCUCAGUGCAAACUGCAACAUGGCCCUGGCAAGUGGCUAAACGCAGUGGUUGUGGAGACCCUGCCGAACUCGAAGGUUCGCGUGCACGUUCCGAUGGAAGAAGUUCCUGACCAAGAGCUGGAAGUGACCUCCCCGAAGCUUAAGCCGACCAGAACGGAGGCCCUCGAGUUGUGCAGGCCCGCAUGCUACCCCGAAGGAUUACACCGAGUGUGCUUUCCGCAUGGAUUGCGGGGGACGCUGUUUGGCGAGCCUGUACACUGCUCCUCAGAUGACUGCAUGCCUGGAGGAUGCAGGGGAGGCAAGUCGCAGGAGUCGAGCCGCGUGGUGGCGUACUUCUGUCCCCGUACUGCCUUCCUGCUCUGCGAGACAUGCAUACAGGCACCCGAUCUUGGUCAAGUCACUGCCGAAACGUGCCAACAGGACAUUCAAAAGCUCAAGGAUCCGGAGUCCUGCGCGGUUGCUGCGAAGCGCAUACUUGGACUUUGCAACCGGUCGCAGCAGGCUAGAAUACUGUUCUUGGAUGCUGGACUUUGCAGUGCCGUCGCCACGGCUGUUCAUGCGGCUCGUGGCAGCUUCGACCUGGUGCAGUUCUCCUCCCUUCCGGGAUCUCCGGGAGUCCAGGAGUCGUCCUCUGGCGGGCAAGCUCUAUUACAACUCCUCACACGACUCGCUCAAUGGCUCUAUCUGGCAGCUCCCUUGAAGAGGGGCAAGCUGGGGCGCUUGUUGGUCAACGUGCCCGUCGAGUCGCGCAGCCAGCUGGACGAGGACAACUCUGAUGCCUACUCCAGUGCUGCGCACUUGUACGAGUUCCUGACCGGGCGCAGCAGAAAGCCGGAGCCAAGCGAAGAGGAGGAGGAAGACGAUGAUUGGCGCGAAGCUGACUUGGUGGAAGACGAGCAGGAGGAGGUGCAGGUGAAGAUGCUCCACGGAGGCAUUCGCCUUUCUGUGCCCAAGGUGAUAGAGAUCAUGAUAUCGAUGAUAUCUGGUUAUCUUCUUAGUCGCGGGCCCGCGGGCGGGAAUAGAGUGUCGGCCAUGAUACUUCCGCCAGCCGCGGCCCGUGGGCCGGCACCACCUGGGGUGUUUUUGGAGAAGAAAGACGAGUUUGACGAGCGGCUUUUGGCAGCUGCCGACUUUGAGCCUGGCAGUUUGGUUCUCCGCGAGGAGUUCCUGCUGCGGGGGCCCGCAGAGCUUCCACCGCUGGGCAUGUUCCGGCCAGUCCCGGCCGAAGUUGGGACGGUGGAGAUCCAAGGGGAGCCCGGUUUUCCACGUGCUGUGAUUUUUGAUAACGAGCACAUGAAGCUCCUCUUCGAGUUCUUAAACUCAGAAAUCGAGGUCCAGCAAGAAGUGCUGGCAAUGCAAGACUCGAUGCACCCAUCUUCUGAAACGAUGCAGUCAACGAACAAAGUUGCAGAAUGGCUGAUCAGCCAGGAUCUUCCAUGGCUGGAGGAUUUGGAUACUUCCUCACUGUCUCGGCUGUUGAGACUUUUCUGCGUCAACAGCCACCCUUGCAAAGCCGCAGGGAGUACGAGUGGCUUGCUGAAGUGGGGAACGAUGAUCAAUCACUCUUGUAUUCCGAAUGUGGUUUACUCCUCGGUGGAAUCAGACGGGGUUUUUGAGGGCCACUUUCGUGCAUGUCGUCCCAUAAAAGCAGGUGACGUUUUGGGCGUCUCUUACAUGAAGCUCCAGGUGACCUUGGCCCCCUUGGUGCUGCGCAGACGCAUGCUCUGGUAUUUGAAGGGAUUCGUGUGCGAGUGCGACCGCUGUCGAUACGAGGCCACGAACGGAGAUCCAAGAAGCUGUGGUCGGGACCCUUCGGCCUCAGAAGUGGAGCUCGAAAAGGAGCUGUCGCAUGCCGUGUUGGGUGCGCUCUGUGCGCGCUGGUCCGGGUUUGCUCCGGCGAGAGCGGCUUUGGAGGAUCUGCAUACGCAGGUGGCGAAGCUUCACACCGCCUCUUUCGCCGUGCAGGGCCUUCGGCUCCUCUUCCUGGCGCUCCAAGCAGAUGAGAUCUUGUCGGGCAAGGGUGAACAUGACGAGCAGGAAUGGUUGUGUGCUCUACGUGAGGUGAGUGGCUGGCAAGAGUCCAUUCGACCUGGGCAGAGUGGAGACUUGCUCCUAAUGCUGUCCUUCAAGAGCCUGGCACCUACCCUUCGGAGGCUCCGAGAGCUCGAGGGAGAUGCAGAAGAAACCGACUUGGCUUUGAACCGUUCUGCCUCCGUCGUGCUCGCCAUGGACGACGCUUGGGACGCCGGUUGA